GAAGCAGGAAGAGCCAGAGAGAGGAGCAGCAGGAGCAGCAGGAGGCGUGACGCACCACACCAUGCACUGUUAGAGGCAGCAACACGGGGAAAAGAGGCGGAAAAGGGACUCAAAACUACUUUUAAAGUCUUUUCUCUGGAGCUGUCAACUUGUUUUUUCUAUGAGUGCUACCAGUGUGCUCAGGUCUUUCAGUCCGUCAGCGAUGCCUGGACCAGUAAUGCCAAUGGACGUGGCCAUGAGAUUCUACAUCAGCCACUCUCCGCCUCCUCUCCGAGGCUUCCUGAGCUCCUACGAGGAGCUGCAGAGGGCCAAGAAGAACCGGGUCAACCAGUCCGCGGCGGCGGCCCUCAGCCGCCACCAGCAGCUGUACAAACCUCUGCGGCCGUGUCUCAGCACGCCGCAGAAACCGCUGGACGACGACUGGAGCCAGAACAACAAGUCCGGCAAGAAGAAGGUGGUGUUCGCCGACUCCAAGGGAAUGUCCCUGACCGCCAUCCACGUCUUCUCCAAGUUCGACGACGAGCCGUACCAGAACAAACGCAGCAGCAAGGGCAUCAUCGGCGGCGAGGAGCUCCAGUUCGACAUGGCCGACCUGGAGGCGGCCACGAUGGAUCUAAAGAUCAGCUCGCAGCGCCACCUGGUCCUGGACUUCAAACAGCCCUCCGCCGACUACCUGGACUUCCGGAACCGGCUGAUUCGGAACUCGGUGUGCUUGGAGAACUGCUCGCUGCAGGAGCGGUCGCUGACCGGCACCGUCAAGGUCCGCAACAUCGGGUUCGAGAAGUCGGUGCAGCUGCGGGCCACCUUCGACUCGUGGGCCAGCUUCACCGACGUCCAGUGCACCUUCAUGAACAACGUCUACAGCUGCCAGGACUCGGACACCUUCGCCUUCGUGCUGGAACUCCCCGCCUGCAUCCCGCCGCAGAACCGCGUCGAGUUCUGCAUCUGCUUCAAGGUGCAGGACCAGACCUUCUGGGACAAUAACGACGGCAACAACUACAUCGUCAAGAACGCCGGUUGGAGUGGAGACGAUCUGAGCACUCGGACCGCCGCGACUCCGGCUUCUGCAGAGCAGAAACAAGCUGCUUCUGCUGCCUCCGAGCACAACAAACACGGGGGCGUGAAGGUCCUGGAGAUGGAGUUUGACCAGUUCGGCAGCCCUCGCAUGGCCAGCGGACUCUUCCCCGGCUGGCACAGCUGGGGGCAUGGCGAUAACACCGUGCCUUACUGGUGAAACCCUCAAUGUUUGCUGAAAAAACGGGAAAAAAGAUAAGAGACGCUGGCUGACUGACUGACUGACUGACAGGGCAUUCGGUGCGGAUCCAGCUGCAGCUUUGAGCUGCAGAGGAAGAGUACAAACCAGAACUGUUAACCUGCUUCUUGCUCGUCCAUACGGUCUGUGGUUUUUCGGAGUUAAGAGGGAUAAAUAAUAUUUCACAUAUUUCCUUGUUUUGUAAAGAUAUUUCCGUGCCUUUCUCAGAGUGCCUGCCCACUAAAAUACAGACUUGUGUCGGUUAAAUAUGCACUGAUUGUGAUGUCUGUAUGAAAAAAAAAACUGAAGAAAGUGGAAAACGGAGCUGAUUUUAACUCCUUCAUAUUGAAGGGAGAGUCCGGGGGAGUGCAUGGCGACAACAAAAUGCUUCUCUGCUGAAAGAAACAAGUUGAUUUCUAAUGAAAAAUGCACACACUGUAAAAAAUGUCCUGUUGUUUCUACAGAACAAAACUGGCAGCUGUGGAUACCAGAAUAAUUAUGCAAAAAAUACAGAACAAAUGUCAAACAUCUUUACAGAACAUCUUGUACAUUUAACAUCCUGAAACUGUAGUAAUUUAAAAAAAAACACAUUUUAAAGUUGUAGAUUAUACUGUCCUUUACUGCUAAUUUAUACUAAUUAUUUAUGUAAAAUGUACAUGCAGAUUUUUCUUAUUGUGCAUUGAAUACCAGUAAAUUAUCAGUCAGUUAUUAUUUAUUGUACACAGUAAAAUGUACAAGUUGUUCUGUAUAGUUGUUUACAUUUGUGCUGUAUUUUUGGCAGAAUUAUUCUGGUAACCACAGCUGACAUUAUUUUUCUGCAAAAGCAACAUCUUUUUUUUUUUUUUACAGUACACUAAAAAAAACCUUUUGCACCUUCAAAAUAAGAAAAUAAAUGACCGUAAAGUGAUUCAAAAUUUGCCUUAAAUUCUGUUAGAUUUUGAGUCAUGCAGCCCUUUUCUUUCCCUCCAUGUAAAUUGCACAUGAUGAUCUGAUAAAAAGUGUCUGGAUGAUGUAAUGAUGUUGGUUUUUUGAGCUGCUAUCAAGAGAAAAUGUUUUAAGAGAGACUCUGCACGUGAUUGGUCGGGAGUUUGUUUGUUUGGAGGUUUUCGGAGGUUACAGUACGUCGAGAAGAAGAACGAAUGUUUUUAUUUGCUUGAUUGAAAAAACAAGUGCAAUUGUGCGAUGAGUGUACAGUAU